CUUAGUCGGAGUAAGAACUCUCGCGAGAUAUCAAAACAACGUUGGUACAAAGAGUGCGGGUGACUUUUUUUUAUAAUUUUAUCGAGUGUGUGGCCGUUAAGGCAGGACUUUGUGAAACGUCUUGAAAAACUGUCAAGACGAGGUCGGACGAGGGACAUCCCGUGGAGCGCGGUUAUCCGACGGCGUCUCCUUGGCCCGCUCUAUCCCUUACGGCUCACGAACUGGACCCUGUAGCAGCCGCUUGGGGUAGAAAACUUUAUCCAGGAACGGGAACGUCAAGAGUAGCCGGUCCUGGUCUGAUGUUCGGUCUGCAUCAUCAUCAAGAUGCUACCGGGUUACACCAUCACCAUCAACCCCGUGGACCGAGUCUCAAAGAGGAACCUCUUUCCACGGCUCGGUCGUGGAUGCAAGGAACAGUUUCCGAUCAAAACGGAUCGCAAGUAGGUCGUGCCCAUUUCGAAAAGCAACCGCCUAGCAAUCUGAGGAAAUCGAAUUUUUUUCACUUCGUCAUCGCUCUAUACGACCGAGCCGGUCAGCCGGUGGAAAUCGAGCGAACUGCUUUCAUCGGUUUCAUCGAAAAGGACCAGGAAACGGACGGUCAGAAAACAAACAAUGGGAUUCAGUAUAGACUACAGUUGUUGUUCGCUAACGGUGUACGACAAGAACAGGACAUAUUUGUUAGGCUCAUAGACUCUGUCACCAAACAGGCAAUCAUUUAUGAGGGACAGGAUAAGAAUCCCGAAAUGUGUCGGGUGCUGCUUACUCACGAAAUUAUGUGCAGUCGGUGUUGUGACAAGAAAAGUUGUGGAAACAGAAAUGAAACACCUUCAGACCCUGUGAUAAUAGAUCGAUUUUUCCUUAAGUUUUUCCUUAAAUGUAAUCAAAACUGCUUAAAAAAUGCCGGAAAUCCACGGGAUAUGCGGAGAUUUCAAGUAGUGAUAUCGACGCAAGUAGCUGUAGAUGGUCCACUUCUGGCUAUAUCUGACAACAUGUUUGUACAUAACAAUUCGAAACAUGGUAGGAGAGCGAAAAGGCUCGAUCCUACAGAAGGUUACAUCAAUAUGAUGUGCACAGGCCAAUUUCCAGGACUGUACCCGCCUCUUCCAGUAGCGACCCCCUGUAUAAAAGCGAUCAGUCCCAGCGAAGGUUGGACGGCCGGAGGAUCGACAGUUAUUAUAGUGGGAGAUAACUUUUUUGAUGGACUACAAGUCGUUUUUGGCACUAUGCUCGUAUGGAGCGAGUUGAUAACGCCUCACGCAAUACGAGUUCAAACACCUCCUCGACAUAUACCAGGGGUUGUAGAAGUAACUUUAUCAUAUAAAUCUAAACAAUUUUGUAAAGGAGCACCUGGCAGAUUUGUAUAUGUUUCCCUCAACGAACCAACGAUAGAUUACGGUUUUCAAAGACUACAAAAACUCAUACCGAGGCAUCCAGGAGAUCCUGAAAAACUACCAAAAGAAAUAAUAUUAAAGAGAGCAGCAGACUUAGCAGAGGCCUUAUAUUCGAUGCCUCGAAACAAUCAGCUGACGUUAUCAGCACCCAGAUCACCGACGAUGGGUAACAAUGGUAUGACUUCGACGUUUAAUGCUUACACCGGUCAGUUGGCUGUCAGCGUUCAGGACAACGGAAACGGUCAGUGGACAGAAGAAGACUACGGGGGGCGGACACAAAGUAGCAGUGUAUCUCCACGCGGAGGUGGCUACUGCUCGAACGCAUCAACGCCUCAUUCUUCGAACGGGGGAGGUUCGUACGCGGGCGGAAGUAGCGGCGGUAACAUCAAUGGAGGAUAUGGAGGAGCAACACCAACUAGCAGUUCACAGUUAUCCAAUAUGCUACCGGGAUCACCGUCAGCAGGAAUAUUCAACUCAACACCAAUAACAACUGAAGUGCCUAACUAUAAUUUUUCCACUAAUUAUACAAUACACGAAAAUGUGGAAAAAGAAAAAAGUGCUUUUGCGCCAGUUGUAAGAGGGGGUGACAACGAAACACCCCCUAUACCCGCGCCUGCUCUAUUCAACCAUCAGUCUAUUUCCGGCUGGCAUCACUUAGCUGUUCAGUGAAUGAGUUUAGUAUCGUCUCCAUUCGCCUCAAUGAACCCCUUCGCUCUUCCCACGUGCAACUCGCAAGGCUACAGCUCCACGACGGCCUUAGUGGGAUCCAGCAAGUAGCCCGAGGAGUCUUCAAGUCCAAACACUCCAAACAGUAAUGUUUCGUCCCCGCAAGACGUUUCCGGUACAAUGUAUACGGCAUAACGCGUACCAAAAACUUUAGGUGUUACACGAAAUAUGAAUUUGAAUAUCGACGGAACCAAUAUUUUCAAACCUUUCGGUUUAAUAUUUUUUGAUAUUUGAUAAGAAAACCGGGAUUAGUUGGUGGCAAAGGGCGGCCCGUGCUCCUCGGAACAAUUUCUAAUUUCCUGUUAUAUUUUGCUUUAAAUAUUAAAUGGUUCCUCCAUGAAUAUUUUCCGAAAAAUCGAUUUGAAUUCCACAACACACACAAAUUUCGGUAGUGUAUAAAACAGGUUAGACAAUUUGUUAAAAAAUCUGGCGCUGAGCUUAUUCUGUAAAUUGCACGACAAAAAAAAUAAUUUGACGAGGUGUUUGAUAAUGAAUCACGAGUACUUCAACUUAUUCAAACAUUUUCUGAACAAACUACGAUCGAAUGAUAUCAAAAAUGGAUUUGAAUUCCACAUUUUCGAAUCUUUGCAUCGAGAAGUUACAAAAUGGUGUGGGAUUGAAACAUACUGAACAAAUCAAGAAAUAGCAGAAGAUGCUUGAGUCAGAGUUCUAGCAGAGGCUCUAAGUGGAUAUUGUAGAACCCAAGCACCUCUUACUGACGGAAAUAGAUGACUGUACAUAAGAAAAGGAAUUAUCCAAGUGCAAAGCACUAGAAAAUCUUCGGGAAGGAACCUGCGAGUUUACUUGAAAUGAUAGGAAACUCGUCUUAACUGAAUGAGCUGGAUUUCUUAAGAUAUAUUAAAUUAUCAACUAUAAAAGUACUACUAGUUUCAUAAUAAGGAUUUAGACGUUGAAUACAGGGGCAGACAUUUGGGGAACGGGUAGCAUUUUUUAGCUUUCACCCCACCUACCCCAAAAUACAAAAUUAUUAUAUUUUUCCGACAUAUUUGAAUCGAGAAUUACCUUUAAACGGAAUUUCUAAUCAAUAUUAAAAAUAGAAGCAUUGUAUUUCGAAAAAUAAUUGAAAAUAUUAAUCUGUCGAUAUUCAUUUUAAUCAAUUGGUUUUUGUAAAUUAUAUAAAUAUUUGUAUAAAUACGUACAUUCGAACAAAGUAAAUUAGAUUUGUUUAUAAUUGAUAAUGAAACAAAUAUUUUGAAGGAUAAAAAACUUAAUGAACUGUGAUCACCAAAUACUUAUGAAACAUUCAACAAUUUAUAUAACAUUUGAUUUACCCAAUGAGAUUGUUCAGUUGUACAAACAAAACUCUGGCUAAAUCGACAAACACUAUCAGGGUAAAUCAAAUGUCAACUGAAAGUGCGCAUAUCACAACUAUUUAUUGACUUUCCCUGUACAUCUCUCCCCUUACAUUUCUUACGCAGCAAGUUAUUAUUGAAAUAUUGAAAAAUUCAGUUUAAUAUACACUUGUGAUAAAAAAAGUUAGAUAAUCAGUUUUGGUGGACAUAUUUAUUGGUUAUUAUGAAUCGAUGGGUUUAGGAUGGAUUCCGAAUCAUUGAUGCUAAAAUCUGUGGAGGAUUUUCUAUAUUCAACACCAUCUAAAUCAUAAACAGGUUCAAUUAGAGAUUAGAUCAUCUUGGUCUGAAUGGAACAUAGCUUGACUUCUUCCUCAACGUAGCAGUUCUACUGAAACUAUCGGUGGUUUGCUAUAUACAAUAAAACCCACAGUGUGAUACACACGAAGCUGUAUCUCUAAUUAACUACCCCGUAGCCAUUUUACAUAAAUAAGAGCGGACAUAAAGUCAUUGAAGAUGAUCUAAUUCAAUUGCUGAUUCCACUGAAUUCUCUGUCCACACCAGUUAACAAAAUCACUAAGAUACAACUUGGUAUUCGAAAAUAAUACGGUUUCUCCGAUAAUGCUAAAGAAAUAAGAACCGAGAGCCUCAAGUAAGGAACAUAUCGUUAGCUCUAAGAGAUUUCUGAGCCAUUAGAAUGAUGAACUCUAACUUUUUGUGACCGUUUUUGUUGGUGCUGCAAUAUGGUGGAUAAAUAUAUGUUAACUAUAAUCUAGUAUCCUGCUACUCCACAAAACUUUUCUUAAAGUCAAUUAACUCAGAUACCUGACCUAUUAUUCAUAAUAUAAAAUAAAUUCAUAAACCAAUUUUGUCGUAUUGAAACUGGUGCGUGUCAUUGUCCCUAAAUGUAAAGUUAACGCAUUCGUAACAAACAUAAAAUACAGUCUCUGAGUUUUUAGAUUUUUUAUCGAAAUUUCAAUAAUUUCCGUGCUUGCUUCGUAAGAAAAUUCAUUUCUCUGCUCUGUCAUAUCGUAAUAAAAGAUACAUAUCGCUUUAGAGCUGGGAUUAAGAGAAUUUUCAAAUAUGAAUAAGUUGUAAAUAUAUAUAGAAAAAUUUUGUACAAAUAUGUAUAGUAACAAGGGGGUUACACAACGACUAUCAAUAUAUUUUGUAAAUUAACAUAUCUUAGAUUAUUUAAUUUCGUUUUUGUAGAUUGUAAAUAAAUAUAGAAGAGAAGAAAGCAAUUUAGUAACGAAAUGUACCGGGUGGUCUUCGAGUUUUUUGAAAUGAAAAAUAAAUACCUAAAACGUAUACGAAUCUCAUUUUGUUUAUUUUUUUUUUUUUUCAAAUUAUCAUUCAUCGUUCGAAUUUUAAUUUAUUUUAAAUGAAAAUUACAAUUUUCAAUAAAAAAUCGUUACAUUAUGUAUAAUUUGUACAUAGUAUUGUUAUUUAUUUUUGAAUUUUUUUAAAUUCGUGCAAAUAUUUAUUUCGUUAUUUUGUGCAAUUUUCAAAUGUUUUUUUUUAAACUCAUUGAUGUAUAAUAAAAUUUAUAUAAAAA